AUGGACGUGGAUUACAUGGAGCUCCGCAAAGGAGCAAUCACAGAGGCUAAGAAGAGUAAGCUUCCCUCAGUGUGUUCUCCGCUACCGCAGCGCAUUACUGACCACCCGGGUCCAUUCAGCCACUCGAACAGGCAAACUAACCAUGACCGACCUCAGCGUCGUCAAACUCCUGGACGUGAUCCGCGAAGCCGACUGGACUUCCAACUGGGAAGUGCAAGAGCAAGAGCAAGGGCAAGAACAAACACCAGUCAUCCGACCUCUCGAAACGACCGCACACUCCUCCGCGUUACUCCUCCAACAACGAGGCAUCAAGCCCCAAGCCGCAUGCGACCUGUGCAUCAAGACCAAGAACAAACCGUUCCAAUCGUGCGUUUGCGCACCGGCAUUCCGCCGCCAUGCGCUUCGCCUCGGGGCCUGCGCGAACUGUAUCUGGCAUGGGCGCGAGGCGCAUUGCUCGCUGCGGAAGGAUUUUGUGGCAGCGGGGGGGAUGAAAUGGAUGUUUACGUUGGAUCUGUAGGUUCCUACCUGCGUUCACAUUGUCUGCAAGCGGCUAAAAACGUUGUCUUUUUAGGAUUGUCCUCCAUGCAGGGGGGCUGCUGUUUAGCGAGGGGAUCGGCCGUCGUCUUAAGGGGCUGCCUGGGCCUGUUCCUCUCCGGUCUAUGUCGCGCACACCAACUGCCAGCAAGGCUACUUCUUCCAAGCCUGCGCCUGCGCUUCCGCCUGCGCCUGCACUUACCACAGGACGACAGCGACAGCGACAGCGACAGCCUCCGCUCACUAAAUCAAAGGUGGAAAUGGGAUCUUCUCGCCGUCUGGCGGACAACUUUUCCACUAGUAUCCUGGGAAAGCGAUCCGCCUCUGCAUCGUCUUCAACCGAGCCUAAACCGGAGCCUGAACCCCAAACCAAAAGAACUCGCUCUGCGAAAGGCUGCGACGGCAAACUCGUGCCCUGGCCAUGCACCACCGCAUCUUGGAAUGAUCCCGAUGCUCUAA